AUGAAUCGCGGAUCCAAGUUUAUAGUGACUGUUACGAGCUCACAAACGCGUCGAACGCUUGCGACAACGGCGUAUACGCAUGCGCGAGCGUCGAAUGCACUCCAUUCGGCCUCGUCGGAGCGUGAAGCGGCUGCAGCGAAAAGGGCUGCAUCGCAAGACUAUAAUAGGGAGCUCUACAGUGGCACUCAUACGUCGUCUUCGAACGAGAGUCCCAAAUACGUCCAUGCGACGGCGCCACAAUCCCAAGGAGAGAAAAUUUCGGAUCCUCGUGUGAAGAAACAAGACCACGGAGAGUCACCUGGUCCAUUCCCUACAUCAGGACUCUACACACAUCACCCACCCGCCUCAGAGGAGCUCGUCGCAAAGUUGAAUGAUACCAAGGGAGAGGCGAGGAUGAGUAGUGCGAGUGUGUCACCUGCGCAUCCUACGACAACGACGACAAAGGAUCAAGGUGGUGGAUUGGGUCGCGCGGGUGAGGUGCCAAGGAGCGAAGAGGGGGUGGGGAGUAGCUCGGCUGUAAGGUUCCGGAGUGCACCUGGCGAGAUGGCAAAAGGUGGAGAUGGUGGGCUUGGAUUGAUGAAUAAGGGAGAUUCUUAA